AUGGGCCAGAUAUACAGAAGCUAUAUUCCAGUCACACUAGGUUGGCGCUGGCUAGAGUGGGUAAUGCUGAUCGUGGGUGGUAUAGUUCUAGCUCUAGUCCUUUUAUUCCGGCCCGAGACAUAUGAUAACCUUAUCCUCUACUGGAAGGCUUCCAUCCUUCGAAAAGAGACCGAUGAUGAGAGAUACAGAGCUCCCAUGAAGAUCAAUCAGAAGGGCCUCGGUCAGCAAUUAAAGACCUCCGUGUACCGGCCAUUUGCAAUGUUUUACUCGGAACUAUUUUAUCAACCUGAUGUCGCUCUAUCUGACCAUCAUCUAUAUUGUCCUCUACCUUUCUUGAGGGGCAUAUGGCCUCUCAGAAGGGCUAACCAACCUUUGCUGGGCUGCUGGACGGCAAAGGCCUAUGCUGGAGAUAAGUCCACUAUUGCACCUGAGAUGAGACUAUGGUACACGAUGCUUGGCGGCGCAGUAGCAGUGUCGAUCAGCUUGUUCUGGAUGGGAUGGACAAGCAAUCCAAACAUCUCAGAAUGGUCUCCUCUCGUUGCAUCCGCCUUCUUCGGCUACGGUAUCACCACCAUCUUCAUCGUUGCAUACAUGUAUCUCAUCGACUCCUACGACACAUAA